CGCGACGCAGUGUUUGCCGCACAGGAGACGUCGCGACGCACGCGCGUCCGUUAACAUAAAUUGAGCGCCCUCAGGACCGUGGAAGGUACACGAUGGCUUAAAUUUGGUGCUCAGUCGCGCUCGAGGUGGCUCACCUCGACGAUCGCGAAACUAUGUGUUUUUCUCGCGAUCUUCUCGCAUCCACGAUGUAAUGCUUUUUCGGCACGUGGUACACCUUCGUUUCAGAGUUUUGUGAAUAAAAUGCAUCCGUUCAGAUUGUCGUGUUGUUUCGACGAUUUCCCAUCGGAAAAAAUAAUGAUAAUAACGAAGAGGCACGCGUUGCGGCAUCGUAGACGGUAACGCCGGCCGAUCGGCUUUGCCGGGGGAAAUUCUACUUCUUCGUGUCUUUCAUCCCUGCAAAUAGUAUCGAACGAAUUAUCUGUACGAUUAAUCAUUAACUCUUGAUGUUUCCAGUGGAGCAAACGGAUAAAACGUUUAUAAAAACUUGUGAUGGAGAAAUUGGAAUUGUCUUAAAGAGACUUGUAAAUCUAAAUUGUGAAAAAAAAAACUUGUGUUCAGAAAAAAAAGAUGAAAUAUUGUGAUAUAUGUGAAUUGAUUUAUGAAUGUUUGUUACAGUUUGAUAAUUGAAAAAUGUAAUGUCGAGGGACAUCACGAUAAGCACGAUUUGGUAAGAAUUGAAUUUUUAAGGAAAGAAUUACGUGAUUUGUAUGUUAAAAAGAAAUCUUAAAAAAGAGAAAAAAGAGUGAAUUUUUGUCAAUAAUGUGAGGGAUGUGGCCGAGCCAGAAGAAUUCUAGAAUUCAAAGUCGAGAAUGAUUGCGUUUUUUCUCUCUCGCAACGCUGGAAGAUAAUUUGCAAGUCGAAUCCAGACCAAGUUCCCAAGACGCGAUUCAGUUUCUUCAUCGGAGGACCACUAUGCGGUGUCGUGGCAUCGUCGAAGGCUCGCUCGUUCGACGAGGGGAACAGCGCUCGAGAGAUUUCCGAUAAGUUUGGCCGCGACGAGGAUGGAGAGAAUCCGCGGUCUGCCGGAACAGAGUUACGGAAAUGCGCGCCGCCCCGGAACGCGACGACGACCUCGACGAGGCGACUGGCGUUCGUUUCGAGUUUCAAAGAGAUCCCGGAGCGAGGUUCAAGUUCGCGUCGACCGGUGAUUCGAGGAUAAGGCACGGUUUGAUCGCGGCCCGCGUUGAAAAUCGCUGAAAAUCGUGAAGGAUCGUGACCGAUUGGAUGGAAGAUAGGGACGACGGGACGAUCGUGAAGAAGAGAUGCCUGGUAUCGUGGUAUUCCGACGCCGAUGGAGCGUCGGCAGUGACGACCUCGUCGUUCCCGGCGCUUUCCUCUUCAUCCUUCAUCUGAUAUGGAUGACGGUAUUGAGCGUUCUACUAGGGAUAUUUAAAUGGGAUUGCAAUGUUAUGUGCAUCCUUCUACUGUGGAGAUACAUUGUCGGUUAUUUGGUAAUUUUCGUGAUCUCCAUGAUCGUGGAGUUUUCCAUCUGCUUUCUGGCCACUAGGGGUAGCAUCCUGGACACAGCUGCCAGGGCACCGAUGCAAUACAUCCUCUACGUUCGACUUUUCCUUUUAUUAGUUGAGAUCGGCUGGUUGUGCGCAGGUAUAAUAUGGUUAACUCAUUUCUACCAAACUUGCCCCGUCGAUCGAAUGAAAGAUGUAAUGUUAGGUUUAGUUAUAUCGAAUUGGUGCGUAUUGGCGUCGGUGAUGGUCACGGUAUGGUGCACUUACGAUGCCGCGGGUAGAUCGUGGGUAAAAAUGAAGAAAUAUCAACGCAGCAUGAGGGAGGCCGAAUUGAGAUGCGGUAAAUUGCACUACAGGAGUGGAAGCAGGAACAGAAACUGGAGGCAAAGAAAAGUUAUACGAGCGUAUCAGGACAGCUGGGACAACAGAUGCAGGCUCCUUUUCUGCUGUAUGGGCAAUUCCGAUAGAAACCGAAAUUCAUUCGCGGACAUCGCCAGAUUAUUGAGCGAUUUCUUCCGUGAUCUUGACGUCGUCCCAUCAGAUGUGGUCGCCGGUUUGGUGCUAUUGAGAAAGUUCCAGAAAAUCGAGCGAGAGUUGAUAGUGAAGCAACGGAAGAACGAUACGUACGAGUUUCUAUCCGGUGUGCCAGUUACUCCUCGCACUAAAUUCUUGUCCUUGACCGAGGAUGGUGAUCUGGGCCACUUUCAGUUGGCCAUUCAUUACAUGCACUUUGCCCUCGCUGCUUACGGCUGGCCCAUGUUCCUCGUUAAUCAUUCCACCGGUCUUUGUCAGCUGUGCACAAGAUUACGAUGCGGCUGUUUCCCGUGCGGUGGCAACGAGGACGAGGCGACCGUUGUGGAAGACAAUUGUUGCCAGUGCAAUUACGUGGCGCUAAGGAAGAUGGUCGACGUCGCCGAGGUGGAGGUCAUUUAUGCGACUUUUCACGUCGACGUCGGUGAGACGCCGUUCUUCGUCGCUCUCGAUUACACGAAGAAAAAGGUUGUCGUUAGUAUACGAGGUACCCUCAGCAUGAAGGAUGUAUUAACGGACUUGAACGCGGAGGGUGAAGUGUUACCAUUGUCACCACCGAGAGACGACUGGUUGGGUCACAAGGGUAUGGUCCAAGCGGCCGAAUACAUUCGAAAAAAGUUGUUAGAAGAAGGAAUUAUAACUCGUGCACUCGCCAAGGAUACAUCGAGGGGAACCCAUCAAUUCGGUCUGGCACUUGUUGGUCAUUCUUUGGGAGCUGGUACGGCAGCUAUCUUGGCGAUUUUGCUUAAGCAAGAUUAUCCUGACCUGGUGUGCUUCUCGUUCGCUCCACCGGGUGGUCUCUUGAGCAUGCCCGCUCAGCAAUACUCGCAGGAAUUUAUUACAUCCGUAGUAGUUGGAAAAGACGUUGUACCUAGGAUAGGACUUAGACAGAUGGAGAGCUUAAGAGCUGAUCUUAUCAAUGCUAUAAAAAGAAGCGUCGAUCCUAAGUGGAAAACGAUAGCAUGCUCGGUGAUGUGUUGCGGUUGCGGUUCCACCCCUACCUCGGCUGCAAAUUUAGAAGCUGGCGGAUGUAUAAGCGAGUAUCAGAGAGACAAGGACCUAGCCCGUUCGCAGACCGUCGUUCCAAGCGAUUCCAGUAUCGCGUUGACUUUGCACAGGCCUCUCUAUCCACCCGGUCGAAUCAUACACGUUGUUCGACAUCAUCCUAACAAGGGAGAGCACAAAUAUGAGAGCCGCUGGAGACAAAUGUUGCACAAACACGAGCCGGUAUACCAAGCGCUUUGGGCCGGACCAUGUGACUUUGACGAGGUGUUGAUAAGCCCAGUGAUGAUACAAGACCAUAUGCCGGACAAUAUGCUGAAAGCAUUGAACAAGGUUGUAACGACCCUGGGGCCGGUGAAGCCGCAGAGGUUAGCUUCCGGUCAUGCAUCGUCGACGGAGGCGUCGGAGGCACGGGAGACCGGCGAGGUCCAGGAGAUGGAGAUCGAGCAGGAGAUGAGAGCGUUGCUCUCGUCCUCGAGCCCCGUUAAAUCGCAUCCCAGCAACAUGGCUGGGACGCCACCGCACAAACUCUGCCUAGAGACGAGCUUCACGUCCCUCCAAAGCCCCUCGGAAUUCCCUCAGGCUGGCCGGGAGCUGAGCGUCGACUCGAGAGGGAUUCCAUGGGAGUACGUCAGCCUGGCCAGCGAAUUGCUCAACACGCCCAGGGCCGACGAGAGUAAAUCAUCGAAUCGUCGAAGCGAUUGGGACGACAGUUCUCGAACGGCGCCAUUGGCCACACCGGAAACAUUGUCGGAGGCGUCGAGCAGUCCACCAUCUCCGGUACCACCACCUCGCCCGAUGAGACGCACACCAAAAAUCUCGGGAAACUUGUCAACGGCGGCGGACGACUUGAAGAACAACCUUCACUUCGCCAUGCUUUCGGCGAAGAAUUACUUCCUGAGGGAAGGGAACAAUGGGAGUAAUACAAGCAGCGGUAACAGCGAAGCGAGUUAUGAAAGCGCCAAAAGCUUAACCGCUGGUCUUCCGCCGCCAGUACCAAGAAGACGAGACUCUGUCAUCGUCAGGAGAGAGCAAAGAGUGUGUACGGCUGCCUGCUGCAGAGAUGAUCUGUCCGAAAAUUCCUCGUCGCAUAACUCUUCCCAUUCAUCCAGGACAUCUCAAACGUCGAACCGGGUGCAAUUAGGUUUCUCUGUGGAGGAACACGAGACAAACGGAUCCAGUUUGGAUUUCUUCGAAGCUAAAGGUUCUUCUGGACAACGUGAUAGCAGCAACGAUGUGUUCCUCAGCGUGAGAAGUUCUCCAGAAUGUAAAGGUUUAAUGGCGCCAGCUACGGAUUUAGGAGCAGAAUGGAAGAAGAAAUUCGAUGCGACAGGAAUGCCCGGUGAUGUUUCGUUACCUCUUCUACGUGGAUUAUCACCAACACCUACGCAUGGACAACAUAAUUCGCCUUUCUUUAACGCGAAACGAAAGAAAUACGUGUAUCCGAUCACGCUGGUUGGUCGUGGUGAAAGUAGCGUUUAAUUGCGAAAUGUUAGAUCAACCGGGGACCAUAGAAAAGAGGCGAGAUAGAUUUAAAUCAACCAUUAGGUGCCAAUAUCACUUUCUUCAGUGUGAUCGUUUAAAAUCGUUUCCUUGAAUCCUCGAACAAAUGAAAAUGCAAAAUAUUCUAAAAUUGAUGGGCCAUAUAUCUGUGUAGCCUCUUUUUAUAUGAUCUUUCAUUGAAGUUUAAGAAAGAAUAAACGGAGACUCGAGAUGUAAAAGAUUUUUCUCGAAUAAUAAGUAGAUAGUCAAAUUCGAAUAAUAUAAUAUUUAAUUCUUAUUGUAGGAUAAAAAUGCUACUUUUUUUCCUUUUUGUACAGUCAUUUUUCUAAUGUAAUGAAAUAUUUUCUGAUUCAGAAACUUUUCUGUCUGACUAAAUGAUAAACCGAAGGACAAAUAAGAUAUAGAAUGUAUAUUAAAGAUUUAAUAAAUAAAGAAAUUAUCGAAAAGGCAGCGAGUUAUAUGAAUGACGAUUUACACAAAUCAAUGAUGCCUUGUCAUUCAAAAGAGAUAUCAAUUUUGAAAAAUAUCGAUUCUUGUUUUUGUUAAUUGUUAAUUGUUAUAACAUAGCGAGAAAGCGUGAACAUUUAUAUAGAACCUGCACUGGCCUACUCAAUGUCAAUCGUAUUUAGUAUGAAAGUUUUUAUGCAUUUUUGUACAGUCUUUUAAUAGAAUUAACACAUGUGUAAUAAAAUAAUAUAGUUUAAUGUAUCUUUUGUAAUCAUCGAUAUAAUUUUGUCUUAAAUAUUAAUUUUUUUAUUUGAUCUCUAAUAUUUUUUUUCAUAAUAAAAUUGAACAAUAAUUUCUAUUAAAAUCUUUGUACUAACUUUUUAAUGAAUGCAAAUAUGGGACUGAAGACAUAUAAAUUUAUAGAAUGUAAAAUAUGUAACCAUUAAAAAGAUAUGAUUAUAUAAUAGAUUAUAACACAAUU